UUUUUGUCCCCAAACGCCCCAUGCCCCAUCCAUAGCUUCUUCUUCCGGCUGGCUUUUCUAUUCACGAACGAUUUGGCACCGCACGCAGACCUAGAAAUACCCGCCCCCACCCUCCACGCCUAACACAUCAUCAUUGUAUGUAGACAUUGAUGACGACGCGAACACGCAAAAUCGUCAUGCAUAUAAACUCCUCCCCAUCCUCUUCUUCCGCCGCCACUUCACUCCUCCGAGCUUCGUCGUCGUACGCCUCGUGCCGCUCUCGUUUCUUCUCCUCCUCCCCCGCCGCUUCCCCGCUUCAUAGACCCUUCCGGAGCUGCCAAUCGGCUCUGUACCGCCAGCAGCAGCAUCGGUUGCUUAGCUUCUCCUCCGCUCUGCGGUCGAUCCGCUCCUCCGUGCCCCGCUGGAGUCAGGGCGUCGAUUGCAAGUCACCUGCUAGAUCCGUCGCUCAGAUCAGGAUAUCCUCCCCGGUUCUCAACGAUUUCCAUCGGAGGAUCGCUACCAUGGCAUCGGGAAAUCCGUUCAAGGGAAUCCUAACCAGUCUCCCCAAGCCAGGAGGGGGUGAAUUCGGGAAGUUCUAUAGCCUGCCUGCUCUCAAUGAUUCACGGAUUGAUAAGCUGCCCUACUCUAUUAGGAUUCUUCUUGAGUCUGCCAUUCGCAACUGUGACAACUUUCAAGUGAAGAAGGAAGAUGUUGAAAAGAUAAUUGACUGGGAAAGUUCUGCUCCUAAGCUGGUUGAGAUACCCUUCAAGCCAGCCCGCGUUUUAUUGCAAGAUUUUACUGGUGUCCCGGCAGUGGUAGACCUAGCUUGCAUGCGAGAUGCUAUGAACAACCUUGGAAGUGAUUCUGACAAGAUCAAUCCCCUGGUCCCUGUAGAUCUAGUUAUUGAUCAUUCAGUUCAAGUUGAUGUUGCAAGAACAGAAAAUGCAGUACAGGCUAAUAUGCAGCUUGAAUUUCAAAGAAACAAAGAAAGGUUUGCCUUUCUUAAAUGGGGAUCUAAUGCUUUUCGCAACAUGCUUGUUGUUCCUCCGGGUUCGGGAAUAGUACACCAGGUGAAUUUAGAGUAUCUUGGGCGGGUUGUCUUCAACACUGAUGGCAUACUUUAUCCAGAUAGUGUGGUGGGAACAGAUUCUCACACUACCAUGAUUGAUGGCCUUGGAGUUGCAGGCUGGGGUGUUGGCGGCAUUGAGGCAGAAGCAGCAAUGCUUGGUCAGCCAAUGAGCAUGGUCUUGCCUGGAGUUGUUGGGUUCAAGUUAACAGGGAAAUUGCGCAAUGGUGUCACAGCCACUGAUUUAGUUUUAACUGUGACACAAAUGCUGAGGAAGCAUGGUGUUGUUGGAAAGUUUGUUGAAUUCCACGGUGAUGGUGUCAGUCAACUAUCAUUAGCUGACAGAGCUACUAUUGCCAACAUGUCUCCUGAAUAUGGUGCCACUAUGGGAUUCUUCCCAGUAGAUCAUGUUACUUUGCAAUAUCUCAAAUUGACUGGGAGAAGUGACGAGACUGUUGCAAUGAUUGAGGCUUAUCUUCGUGCAAACAAUAUGUUUGUUGAUUAUAAUGAGCCUCAAAUAGAAAGAGUGUACUCGUCAUCCUUGCAACUAGACCUUGAAGGUGUUGAGCCAUGUUUGUCAGGGCCAAAAAGACCCCAUGAUCGUGUACCGCUAAAGGAGAUGAAGUCUGACUGGCAUUCCUGCCUUGAUAACAAAGUGGGAUUUAAGGGAUUUGCUGUGCCAAAGGAGGCACAAGAAAAGGUAGCAAAGUUUUCUUUCCAUGGACAGCCCGCAGAGCUCAGACAUGGUAGUGUUGUAAUUGCUGCCAUCACAAGUUGCACUAAUACAUCAAAUCCCAGUGUUAUGCUAGGAGCUGGACUUGUUGCUAAAAAGGCCUCUGAAUUGGGUCUACAUGUAAAACCAUGGAUCAAAACAAGUCUUGCCCCAGGAUCUGGAGUUGUUACAAAAUAUUUACUCCAAAGUGGGCUGCAGGAGUAUCUAAACAAGCAAGGUUUCCAUAUUGUUGGAUAUGGCUGCACGACAUGCAUUGGCAAUUCUGGUGACUUAGACGAGUCUGUUGGUUCUGCCAUAUCUGAAAAUGACAUUGUGGCAGCUGCUGUGCUUUCUGGAAACCGUAAUUUUGAAGGUCGUGUUCAUCCCUUAACACGUGCCAACUACCUCGCUUCUCCUCCUUUGGUGGUUGCUUAUGCACUUGCUGGCACAGUUGAUAUUGAUUUUGAGAAAGACCCAGUUGGUGUUGGGAAGGACGGUAAGAAUGUUUAUUUCAAGGAUAUAUGGCCAUCAACGGAGGAAAUUGCAGAGGCUGUCCAAUCUAGUGUAUUGCCGGAAAUGUUCAAAAGCACAUAUGAAGCUAUUACGAAGGGAAACCCUAUGUGGAAUGAGUUAUCAGUCCCAGCAACAAAACUGUACUCAUGGGACCCAACUUCUACAUACAUUCAUGAACCACCAUAUUUCAAAAGCAUGACCAUGGAUCCACCAGGGCCUCAUGGUGUGAAGGAUGCCUUUUGCUUGUUGAAUUUUGGGGACAGUAUAACCACCGAUCACAUCUCCCCUGCCGGAAACAUUCAUAAGGACAGUCCGGCUGCUAAGUUCCUCCUUGAGCGCGGGGUUGACCGCAAGGACUUCAACUCCUAUGGCAGUCGGCGUGGCAAUGAUGAAAUUAUGGCCAGGGGUACUUUUGCCAAUAUCCGUCUGGUUAACAAGCUGCUAAAUGGAGAAGUUGGCCCAAAGACUAUUCACAUCCCCACUGGAGAGAAACUCUCUGUGUUUGAUGCGGCAAUGAGGUACAAGUCUGCUGGGCAGGCUACCAUAAUCUUGGCUGGAGCAGAGUAUGGAAGUGGAAGUUCCAGAGAUUGGGCUGCAAAGGGACCAAUGUUAUUGGGAGUUAAAGCUGUAAUCGCUAAGAGCUUUGAGAGGAUACACCGGAGUAACUUGGUGGGGAUGGGCAUUAUUCCUUUAUGUUUCAAGGCUGGAGAGGAUGCAGAGACACUGGGAUUGACAGGUAAGGAGCGCUACUCCAUUGAUCUCCCCAGCAAGAUCAGUGAGAUUCGUCCUGGACAGGAUGUUACUGUUCAAACUGAUACCGGAAAAACCUUCACCUGCACUGUUCGGUUUGAUACUGAGGUGGAGUUGGCAUAUUUCAACCAUGGUGGCAUUCUUCCCUACGUUAUUCGUCAGUUGACCAACCAAUGAAUGAACCGACCAACCAACCAAACUACAUUUGUCGGAGCGCAGACCCAUUGGGAAGGAAAUAAACCUGACCACAAUUGUUUGUCAUUUAUUGGUAGCCAAUAAUUUUUCAUUCACACACGUGGUUUUCUGCUGUCACCACUGCAGGCAAGUUAACUCCACCCCCCACCCUUUAAUUGCCAGGGAGCAUAUACUUUCAUUAUUUUAACUUUUUUAACCCCCUUCGCCUUGGAAAAAAAAUUACUUUUCCCACAGUGUUUUGGUGAAACAUUAUUAGUCUACACUCCACACUUCCCUAAAUAAAGUACAAGUUUUGCGUACUUUCCUAAAUAACUACCUGUUUAGUUU